GACAGUGCGUGUAUGUGUGUAUGUGGGCUGAGAAAGGGUGAGAAUGGAAGUGUGACCGAAAAGUCAAGGAAAUAGACAGGAACAGACAGAAACUGCUCUCAGCGCGCGAAUCAUAAAUCCUAAACAUUUUCGCGCAAACUUGCAGAGAGUUGUCCUGACCGGCGCGCGGAUCCCGCUUGAGGUGGGAACGAACAAAUAAAUACAUAUUAAUCUGCUGGAUGGUGCACUCCCGCUUCCCUCGCGCUGGCGGGCCGGGAAUCACGCGCCGCUGAGGGAGUGAGGUGGUGGUGGGGGGUUGAUAUUGUGCAUGCGCUUUGGCUUCGCUGCGUGCACACUCGGGUCGGUCGAUGUGAGCACAGUGGCGUGGCUCUCGGCCUCCAUUUGCCAGUUGUGUUAAUGUUCGAGGAAUUCUCCGAAGCCCUUUCAACGGCGACGGCGACGUGCAACAGUUGGAGCUUCGCCGCUGAACGUUGCUGUCGUAUCGCCCCGGUCGGCCACGAGGUAUUGAAGCGACGCUGAAAGUGUGAUGAUCAGAGCCGCUGGUGAUGUCUGCCUUAGACUCUGAGCUCCCACCUAUGGAGGAAAACCAAGCAGUGGAAGGUGAGAAGGGCAGCUUGCUUAAUGUGCCCUUCUCAGCUCCUCCUGCUUCCAUCCCAUCUUCAGCUCCUCCGUUUCCAACCUUGACGAGCCCUAAUUUCACUAGUGAGACAGUGGUUGAAAGUAAAGCUGUCUCCAUGGCAAGUAAUGAUUGCAGCGCUGCUGUUUCUUCACCUGCUGAAGCUAGCCCGGCUAAGUCUGCAGUAACAUCAACUUCUACCUUGGAAGGAACUGUUGAAAAAAGCCCAGAUACCUCACAUAUAGAAUCUGCAUCAGACUCCCUGACAUGCACGGAGACGAGCGUUGUCAAUAUGCCUGAAUCAUCGCCGUGGUCAUCUGCAUUGCCAGUAACCACAUUUGGCAGCCCGGACGUGGAAAAAGACUUUCCUGCGGUGCUGACCUUCAAAGGUGUCAGCGUCAGUUUGGAAAACAACAAUGUGUGGAAGCAGUUCUACAGCUGUGGAACUGAGAUGAUUCUCACUAAGCAGGGCCGCCGUAUGUUCCCCUACUGCCGAUAUCGCCUGGCUGGCCUAGAUCCCAAUCAGCAGUACAAUCUGGUCCUGUCCAUAGUUCCAUUGGGUCAGUACAGAUAUCGCUGGAGUGCAUCCAGAUGGGAAGUCACCGGAAGAGCAGAACAUCAGAACCAAGGUCUUAUUCGAGCAUUUUCACACCAUUACUCACCUUGUCGAGGCUCAGAUUGGAUGAACAGCUUGGUUUCCUUCUACAAGCUCAAACUGACCAAUAACUCCCAAGACCAGGAUGGUCAUAUAAUCUUACACUCCAUGCAUCGCUACAUUCCUAGGCUUCACAUAAUACCUGUUCCAGAUGGAGGAAUGCCCACAAACGACAACCCUGUAGUUAUGGGACAUGAAAGCAUGACCUUUACGUUUCCACAAACUGAAUUUAUGGCAGUGACGACAUAUCAGAACUUUCGGAUUACCCAGCUGAAAAUUAAUCACAACCCAUUUGCAAAGGGCUUUAGGCAGGAUGGGAACAACCCCCGCUUAAACAGAAUUGCUAGAGAGGAUCAACCUAUGGUGAAGGCAGAAUACCAGCCCUUAGUUCUCAAACCUGCUGAACCCAGUGAAAACCAGGAAGAGGUAGUGGAUCUGAGUGCAAACAGUCACAGUCCCUCUGCUUCUCCAUCAAAUGUGCAAGAGACCAGACUGGUACUGAAGCCCAUAAUGUCUAACCCUGCCAGCAAAGAUGACCCGUAUGUGCCCUGCAUAAGAGGGAAACAUGCCCUUGGUGAGCUUGUGCUUGUUGAACCCAAGGAAGAAAGCAAUGCCACCAGUGCAGCCCCUGAAGUGCAGGAGGGCUUAAAAGUAUGGCUGUCGCCCAAAGCAAGAUCUGUGACUCCUAAUUCUUCAACCUCUACUCCUGUGUCAUCACCUCGGUUCCGCAAGAGGAGGAAGAGGAUAAACAGACGUUGGGCAAAUUCCCGGGGAAGAGAGUAUAAAACUGCUGCAGCCUACUCCACGGUUGUCCACAGCCCAUCACUGACAGUCGCUAUGCAACCAGAGAUGGAUGAUAUAGAAGGUCUGCUGUUUGUGUCAUUCGCCUCAAAGCAAGCUCUUGAGGUUCACGUCAGGAACAAGCUGGUCAGUACCUCAUCGUCAGCAUCUCCGGCUUCCCUAACAGCACCGACACCAUCGAAGCAAACAAGUAACCAACUAGACAUCAAUCCAGAGACUGAUGAGGAAAAGAUUGCUCGUUUCGAGGCUGCCCUGCUGAAUGAUCUCAGAGUCCUCAAACACAGACAGGUCAUCCAUCCUGCCUUGCAGGAGGUGGGCUUGAAGUUGAGCUCCUUAGACCUCAGUAUGUCCAUUGACCUGCAGUAUUUGGGGAUUUGUCUACCACUACCUCCUCCAGAGCACAGCAAGGCCACCGCUAUGUCUCCUGGUGAUGAGGCACUACCCUUCAUCUCCAGAACGGGAAAGACAAGUGACAUGACGAAAAUAAAGGGAUGGAAAAACAAGUUCAUAAAGGGCAAAGAAACAUCUCCUUCCAACUGUGAAGGAUUACAAAAGAACCUCUCCGCCUUCUGCAGCAACAUGUUGGAUGAGUACUUGGAAAGCGAAGCUCAGCGAAUCAGUGAGCGUGCUGAUGCCUUCUCCACAAACCCAGAGGGCUUUGUGUCCUAUCAGCUGCCCGCUAAAAGCUCCAGUUAUGUAAAGACCCUGGACAGCAUUCUCAAGCAUCAAAAGCCUGCUCAUAAAUUCCCACCGGGAGUCAACAGACCGUGCCCCCUAUCCCACAAACCACUCCUCUACUCUGCUCUGACAUCACCUGCUCCUCCACUGGCCACCCCAGCAGUCCCCUGUCAAGAAGGAGCGAAGUCCACAUACCAGUCUGCAUCCUCGCCUAAGCAUCCAGAUGAUGCUAGUGGUUCUAGUUAUACCCAGAAUCAGGGGGUUUCACAGAGGAUGUCUACAGACCACCUAGGUGUCAGUCAAAGACCAGAGAUGAGCUUUGGCCAGAACCAGGGGAUGAUACACAAACCGUCAGGGCUCACUAAGUUCCAGCACAAACUGUUGGAGAUGGAGAUGGAAGCUCUGAACCAGGGCCUCAGCAGAACACAGCUGACUUCAGAGAGGCUGUCAGCUGCUUUGUCUGUAAUACUGACAAAAGAGAUGCAGCCCAGUCAGAUACUUAAAGCAGCCCCUUUUCCAAAGAAUAAUGUUGUGGGACCUGAAUGUGGCCAAGAGUUCUGCAGACUUGGCUGUGUGUGUAGCAGCCUACAGCACCUGAACAGAGGCCAUCUCCACUGCAGGCGGCCUGAAUGCAUGUUUGGCUGUACCUGCUUCAAACGCAAGAUCACCAAGCAGAUGUCCACGGGGGACAGUGAAGAACACCCUGUUUACUCAAUGACUAAUAUGGAACACGUGGUCCAGCCUCGCCAGGGCUUACAUGCUAAUAAAAUGUGGAUUUCUAACAGUACUGAUGAGGAUCCAGAAGCAGUUUUUAUUCCCAAAAGUGCUCCCCUCUUUGUGGUUCCACCAAAGGUCCAAAAACGCAGCAAUUUAUCUCGUCCAGCACAACCGAUACGGGAAGAGGAUAAGGAUCCGGUAUAUAAAUAUUUGGAGAGCAUGAUGACGUGUGCUCGUGUAAGAGAGUUCAAUAGCAAGCCUCCUCCUCAAGUGACGCUAGAGCCUAAGCUUUUCGCUGUUACUGCACCAGCUACCACAGCAAAGCGACAAAAGUCCACUGACAGUUUGUCCAACAAGUACUACAGCACUGUACCAGCUCUUAACAAAGGAGGUAAAAGAAAAAAUCCAACUGAAAAUGCAUCGCAGGAAACUGCAUCCAGUGAAGCAGGAGCAAGGAAGCAAAUACAGAUCCAGUCAGUGUGUCGGUGGCAGAUGGACCAGAAAAUGAUCCUGGAGGCUUUAUGUCAACGGAUGAAUCAUGAUCAGCUUUCCCAACGUUUCUACAUCGGACCUUACUGCAUCCGCCCAGUCACCAAGAUUGUUAUCCGGAAGCCCGGCAGCUCCAUCGUCACCUACCAGGUGCAAAUCAGUAAACCAUCAAAAGCCAGUGAUUGUGAUGAAGAUGAAUGUGAUGAUGGUGAUGAAGAAAUGCAUACCAGUAAAAGCCUUGAUGAGAACACUGAUGCAGAGGAGGAAGAUGACCAAAUUGAAGAGCCGCAGAUGUGGUUUGGGGUGACACCCUUUCUGAAUGGAGUGAUACCUGCUGGCAUGCUGAGAGCUGAGAAAAAACCUGUUGGCUGCCAAGCAUCUGGACUUAUACAGGUAAAUGGCAAAUCCUACAAUCAGGCCAGACUGCAGCUUGGAAAAAUGGGAUCUUUGCAUCCAGCUAACCGCCUUGCGGCCUACGUCACAGGACGACUGCACGCUUCAGUCGAUAUUACUCAUAAAAAUUCUCAGAAACCAGACUCUAUGCAGAAAACCGGCAUUUCUAGAACUGGUACCAUAAAAGCUGCAAGCUCGCCAGCCCCUCCGCUUAUUACUGCAAAGAAAACUACUGGUCUGAAGACGCCAGCACAGGCACCAGCUCACUUAUUCCAGCCAUGUCUUCAGAGAAAGGGUUCCAUCUCCUUGCUGCAACAUUCACAGAAAUCCUCCAACAUCAGCUCUGUCCAAUCACUUGCCUCAAGUCAGCACAACUCAAACAUUUCCUUCCAGAGCAGCUCCUCAUCCUCGCCUGUGUCUCUCACUGUCUCACAAUCACUGAAAGUCCCCAGCUUUUUGGGACAAAGUGGAACUUAUUCAUUCAGGAUCUGCCCUCCGUCCAACCAAGGCACUGGAGAACAGAAGCUACCUGGUGUUACCCUGCCUGGGGGCUUUACCCUCAUUCAGCUGCCAAAGCCCAGAGCUGGUGGAGCAGUGCAAGAGUCAGGACAUCUAAAUGCUGCAAACAAAGCGAGUGCUGUUGAUGCCCUAUUAAAAAAAGAUGGUGCGUUGAAUUUUAGCCAGUUAACAACUGCGUGUGUUGGCGUGGACGCCAUGAAUGCAGUCAAGAGCACGUCAAGCAGCAAAUUAGUAGAGCCCGGCUCCUCCCCUGAGCUGGUUUGUGAUGAGAAGAUGCCGUCAGAUGAGACUGACGAGGCCAGCGGCAAGACAGCAACAAAGCAGGAAGACCCGGAUGUUGCUUCAGAAGACACAAGCUCCUACUCAUCAGACUGUGAAGGAGAGGGGGACGAAGAUGAUGAGACUGUGGAUGUCGAGACUGUUGAAGAAGAAAAACAACAAAUGGCCAUUGCUAAAAUGAAGAAAGCUGUUUUCAAGGCAUUACUGGAAUCACGAGAUUCCAGUGAAGAUUUGCGAUCGUUGGUGGCGCUUGACUCCCAGGAUCCUGAUGAACAUUGUGAGUCUAAGUACAAAAGAAAGCGCGAGAACCACACCGUGCUAGAAAGGCUGAGACGAUCUGAACAACGAGACCUCUUUGACAAACUUCAGAUUGUCCUUCACAGUGACCCCAGAGCCCCAAGACUCCAUCUUCUGUCACAGGCCCUGAAAGAAAUUCAGAUACUGGUUAAAACCUCCAAACAUCUAGAGGAGACAAAGGAGAUGCUGAUGCAGGUGCAGUCUGGCUAUGUAGAGAAACUCUCUCAGUUGUCUGGGAAGCCUCAGAAUCUGAUCAGACACAAGCUAAAGUCGAUCUGCGAGAGACAGAAAAGGAAAGAGAAGAAGAUGAAAUCGAAGCCGUUCUUUUCCGAGCUACUACAGUCCAGAGCCACACUUCUACAAACUGCUGUUCCCCAGCCUAAGGCCACGCUCUCACCCCUGCUACCACCUGACUUUGUGGCUCCGUCUCACGCUAACGUACCCAUAACAGCUGCCCAAAACAAUUUACUAAAGAUCAUAUCCCUGCUUAAACCUCUGCCACCAAAAGCUCCAACUGAAUCCUGUGUUAAGUCUCCCAUUCCCACACCUACAUCAGACCGUCCACCUCUGCCGGUGUCCUCGCCAGUCCAGGUUGCAGCACCCCGGUCACAGGUGACGAUUGAGCCAGGUGAACAUGUGUUGUCAGACGAGGAGAGCCAGUCUCCAUCAAAGUUAGAAGUCAAACAGAAAGUUUCUGAACAGCCAGACCAGGUUCCUGGUUCCCAAGUUCCCAAUUCCCAAACAGAUGAGCAGUCUCAGUGCUCACCUGUUAAAGCUUCACCUCAGGUUCCUGCAGCCCAAGAAGGAGCCUCACCUGUAUCCCCAACAGCUAACCAUACCAGCACCAAAGUUCACACUCCACAGGCUGUGGCUCUUCCUCUUAUUCGCUCCAAGACUGGCAGAAUCAUACUUCCCUCGUGUCUGAAACCAAUUGGUCAAGGCUUCUACACACUCAUGGUCAUGAAACCCAAUCAGAAGGGGGAGGAGAGUGAUGUUAGCUCUUCAGCUAAUAUGCAACCAUCUGAUGUGGACUUACUGAAGAAAUCAGACACUAACUUGUCUGCAUCUGACCCACCUUUGGAUUCGGAAACCGGGAAUAACCUGGACAGCAAAACUGCAUCUUCAGAUUCAGAUUCAAAGGGUUCCAAUGCAAGUUACCCCCUGGCUGAGCUUGCCAUCCUUAACAAAUCAAUUUUUGUGUCUUCAGUGGAUCUGAAAGCUACAGAAAACAGCUGUGAGGGCAGCAAAAGUGCAGGUUUGAAUACAACUCUUCCAGCUGCUCGCUUGAGUUUUAAUCCUGUGCAUCACAUUCCUCCUGUCGGGUCCGAGACUGAUCCUAGCCAUCCCAUAGUCUGCCGAGCCAGGGGGAGGCCUCGGAAGAACCCUGCGAGUACCCCUGUAGGUGAAAAUGAAAAGUGUACUGUGGUAGAAAAGACCCGUAAUUGUGUCAGUGAAGGUGAAAUAUCUAUGCUGCUCAAAAAGAAACAAAGUAAAAAAAAUACUUUGGAAGAGACCAAGAUGAACGCAGAGGACCCCACAGGUAAGGCCAGAAAAGUAGGAGCUAAACCUGUGCCAGGCAAACGACCCAGAGGAAGGCCUCCGAAAAGAAGGUCGGCACCAGUUAAGCGUCCAGCAAGUAGUCCCCUUAGAUCCAGCCCUGCCAGACUUAAAUGCAGGUCUCAAAGUCCUGCUGCUAAGGCAAAGGAAAGCCCUGCUACAACAAACAUUCUUGGAGAUAUUAGGAGAUCAAGGCCUUUAACACGCGGCGCUUUAGGAAAGGACUUCCCCAGUGCAAAGAAACGGUCCUGGAUAGAUGUAGAAAAGGAACUGGAGCCUGACGUAGAAUUUGCAUAGUUAAUGUAACUUCCUGUCGUUACAAAAACUAAUGUACGCUCUGAGUCUCACACUGAAAUCUCACUCAUGGCAAAAGAUGUUUUCACACAUGACGGACGUUUUUGAGAGAAUCACGACCAGCGCACUGUCUGAAGUUCUCGCUUCUCACAUGUACAAAACAACAGGAGACUGUUUCCUUCAGACACGUUCUUAUUACUUGAAAUGGUCUGUUAGGUUAAAGUGAAGGUGCUGCCUGUGUCGAGCAUGCAGGUAAGCACACUAUAUCUGCAUGCUCGCUGUGAAUUCACCACAGAAUUAACUGCUAUUCUCACAGUGGCACAAUCAGAUAUCACGCAUUCUUUGUCCCAGGGAGCCUGCAUGUUAAAGACUAAUGUUUUGAAAAGAUCAAAGCUGCUUUACAUGCCUGAAAACGACUUUAAGGAUGCAGCAGCUUUGUCUAGCAUCAUCCUCGUGGUCUUACUUGAAGUUUCUCUGCUUUCUGCUGAUAGUGGUAACUUGAGUCAUGUAGGUCACUGAAAGCUUCACCAAAUGUGCCUGUCUGAAAAGCCAAAAGGAUCGGGGCCACGGCUAAUCAGUGCUGCUCUUUUCUGAACUCAGUGGACUUCAUUCACAACAUAGAGAGGCUGUUUUUUUUGGUAUGAAGAAUUAUGAAAUGGCAUUAAGAGACCUGCUGAAUGUAUUAAAGAGAUGAAUUGGUUUUGAUAUCAGUGUUCUCCAAAACAAAUUAUCUUUAAAUAUUACCAACAUUCACGUAGGGUAUUAAGAUGUAUUUGAAUUACGUUUAACUUUGAGUCAUUCUUCACUGAACUCUUAUGCAAAAGAAAAGUGCACAGAUAUGUUCUGCGGUCCAGCAUGUUAAACCUUACAGUGUAAGCUAAAUGCCUGUUCCUGGCCGGGCGAUUCACAGCUUUAACUCUAUCACAUGUCUUAACAGAUGUCAUUUUUCCAGUGUUUGCUAGAUAUUGUGUAGUUUAUUUUGGACUUCUUGGUUGUGUUACUAACUCAAGAAAAAUCAUCAGGUGUUGCACUUUAAAAAUCUUUGGCAGAAACCACCCAUGUUGUUUCUUAUUUGAUUUAACCUGUAAAGUAACAUAUUACUCAGCAUUAUGAAAUAAUCUUUGAAUAAUAGUACAUGUAUAAACCUGAUGUUUUGAAGGUGAUGCAAGACAAGUAGCUGUAGUAGACGUGUACCUGUGUACAAAGAUUCUGUGAAUAUUGUACUUUUUAAAUGGCAAAACAAUUAGUUUGUGGGUGAUUUUGAAACACUGGUUAUGUUGCUUCAGUCAACUGAAUUAGAUACAUUUAUCAUCCUGCAGUUACUCAGAGUACCACCAUUUUGUUUUGUUUGAUGUUUUUGAGCCAGAAUGUA